AUGAGUCCAAUCAACGAUGCCUCUAACUCUACUCUUAACAUCUCUGGACCUGUAGAUCCUACCCUAGUGUUUGGACCGCAGAGGGAUUCUUUAUACAUAGUUCUACCAAUUACAAUAAUCUACGCACUGAUAUUCAUAACAGGGUUAAUAGGAAAUAUUUUCACAUGCAUAGUUAUAGUUCGUAAUAAAAGUUUGCAAACAGCGACGAAUUAUUACUUAUUUAGUCUAGCGAUAUCAGAUCUCCUUCUAUUAAUAAGUGGAAUGCCACAAGAAGUCUACUCUAUCUGGUCAAAAUGGCCUUAUAUAUUUGGCCAUUCCUUCUGUGUAAUACGAGGCUUGGCAGCAGAAACUUCUACCAACGCAAGCGUACUUACGAUAACGCUAUUCACUAUAGAAAGGUAUUUAGCUAUAUGUCAUCCAUUUGUUUCGCAUAAAAUGUCCAAAUUAUCACGAGCUAUAAAACAUGUCAUUCUUUUAUGGAUUGCUUCAUUUAUAUUGGCGCUGCCUCAAGCAUUACAGUUUGGAAUUCGAAAUUACGAAGGAGUUAUUAUGUGUCUUCAGACACGAAUAAUAAUCCCACAUUCUUUCGAAAUAUCUACGUUCUUUUUCUUUUUCGCUCCUAUGAUUGCUAUCACCGUUCUGUACUCUCUUAUUGGAUUAAGAUUAAAGAGAUCCCAUAUACAAAGAGAUAAUCGACAUCGUCAAAAUUUAAUGAGGCAUGUACCUACAAUAGAAAAAGUACGCCAGAAAAACUAUCAAUCGACAAAAAGGGUUAUUAAAAUGUUGGUUGCCGUGGUGGUUGCGUUCUUCAUCUGCUGGGCUCCCUUCCAUGCGCAAAGGCUAGUCGCGAUUUACGGCACGCGGGAAGACCACCUAGCAAGAUCUCCAACCCUACUCUGCGUUUAUUCUACCCUCACAUACAUCUCAGGAGUUUUUUACUACAUGUCCACGUGCAUCAAUCCAUUUUUUUAUCACAUCAUGUCGAACAAAUUCCGAGACGCUUUUAAGAAUUCAGUUACAAAAUGGUGCUGCCGAAUAAAGGACACACCUGGAAAUAAGCGAAAUUUUUACACUACAAUGCCUUUAUCCCAGAGAACACUAGGCAGAGGCACCAAAAGUUCAGAUAAAUCUCUGGGCAACCGGUCUUCAAACAAGACAAAAAGUUUCGAAAUAUCAGACAAGCAAACGAAUACUGAAGAGAAGCAAUAUUGUCAAGUGUGCGACAGCUGCAAUAAAAGACUGGCCAUCCCGUUUCAAGAAUUCGAGCUUAAAAAUAUUGGCAAUCAAUCGACGCAAUUGGACACGCAAAAUCUUGACAAGAAUUAG